AUGGAGGAUGAUCAAGACCAGACGUGUUUCACGUUUGAGAUAGAUAAUUUCUCUGAGAAGGAAGCUGUGAUAUCUUCACCAACAUUCUCAAGCGGCGGUUGCGAAUGGUUUGUUAGGGUUCAUCCCAAAGGCAGUAUUGUUGAUGAUCACUUGUCUCUGUUCCUCCACGUUGCGAAUUCUGAAUCAUUGCGUCUUGGAUGGAGAAGACGAGCUAGUUCUUAUUGGUUCUUAUUCUACGUCUCCUUUCUCAUUUUUAACUUUGCUCCUAGCUCCUUAAGUGCUCUUUUGUUACUAAUGUAA